AUGCGACCUGCCCAGGCGGCUCCUCGCGAGCUUUGGCUCAAGGACCGCCCAGCUUUGAGUCCAGUGCAGUCACCGUUCCGGCAGGUUGCGACCUCUUCGUCCAAAGGCACUGUCAAUAAAAGCCCAGAACAUGCUCGCGAGAACAACCCACCACCCGCGACAACUGGUUCAGCCUCGAGUCCAGCGGCCGCUGAUCCAACCUACGCACCUUAUGUCCCGAAUCGUUUUGCGGAGCUUCCAGAUCCCUCCCCGGGGCCGCACGAAGACGACUCCGACCCCAAGGAUUCGCCAAAGGCAAAAUGUUCAAUGGUGGACAUUAUGUUGAGCGACAACACAGCAUUGUUUGCCUCAUUGUCGUUGUCCAUCCAGCGUGGUCAGCGCCACAAUGUCUCGAAACACGAACUCGGUGUCCCUCUCAGGGCUGCUCUAAAUUUCAACACCGCAAAACUUGAAUUAUCGGGCGGUUUCCUGACAGUCGCAUCAAAUGGUCUCCCCCAUACGUUAUGUGUUGCCUACGACAAUGCGAUAGAACGAGGAGCGGACAUGGUUACACUCAAGGUUUCCAAUACCGGUACCAUGGCUGCUAAGGCAACGUUGGGCCAUACGGGAAUAGCGGUAGAUGCAAGCGCCUCAGUUGCUGUCGGGAAGGAGUCUUCCGCUCAAACACAAUACCCAACCACUCCACCAUUCCUCUGCAAGAUGCACUCGAAUCAGGUUGUGGCAGCAACAGUUGAAGUCAUUCCCCACCCAACUGUCGCCCGGAACGGCAUGAUCGCUGUUGAGGUCAAUGCCAAAGUUAUGCUUCCCCAGCGCUCGCAGCGAGACUGGCCGUACGCAUUGCCAAUAAGAUUCGACGCCCAGUGGUGUUUGCGUGACCGUUCAGAGUUGAAUAUCGGACGCUACAGCCUGGUGGUUUUUGAAGUCGUCGAGGAUGUGUGGGGCGGGCGGGGGGAUUGGGAAGAUAACCUGACGCGAAGUGUAGCGGUGUUCCCCAACUAUGAUGCAACCCCAAACGAUGACACCGAAAACGGCUUUACUCAGUAUGAGAAUACGACCCUCCUGACAAUGAGAGAAAGACUGCAGCCCAAGCAGCCGCCGUGGUACAACUUCCGGACGCUUGUUCGACGGAUCCGCCACGAAAAACCACAGACGCUUCCCGCUGGCGCGUAUCAGAUGUGGGGCCCGAAGGGUUGGAUGGCCGUCAAGAUUGGCGAGCUUUUGCAGGUCCCAUUCGACGCGCAGAGCCUGUCUCCGCCGUUCGACGCAUUGCAGCUCGAGUACCCCAUGCGCUUUCGUGAGGCGCGAGGUUCAGAAGAGACAUAG